CCAUGGUAAUAAAUUCAGAUCUCAAUAACGAUAAAAAUUCGCAAAUAGAAGUUCGUGCGGUUAUGAUCAAAUGUAAAAAUGAAAAUCUAGAUGACCUAGAAGAAGAAACGACACGAUUUCAGCGUGAAGAACUUUUUAAACAUAACGCUUUGCGAAACUGCAAACAGAAACUUACUAUCACACUCAAAUCUCAGAGUUUCCCAAACAUACGGAGGCACUUCGAAGAAUUUCAGUGCCUCCCGAAUCCCUGCAUGCGGGACGCUGUUGAAGGCGUUCAUGAUGUCCAACGACACCGCGACCACAACCUCUCUCCCGUAUUCCGCCUCAUCCGUCACCGCCCGCAGGCAUUUGAGGGCGUCGAUUGUUCCAUUGUUUUACCGCAGCAAAUUUCUGGUGACGAAUAUAUUCCGAUCGAUCAUGUAAUAGACGGUAAUAAAAAACGGAUCCGACUUCUAAAUCCUUACGUUCUACGUUUACGAAGAAAGUUACCUUUUCAAGCUUACAAGCUACGUAAAAUGAAUCUCGGUGAAGAUCGAUUUAGGUUCCGAUCUUCUACUACAAAGGAAAAUAAAAUUAUUGAUUUACGAAGAGGAUACGGGUCCAAAGAAACGAACAACAAACAAAAUUACAAUAGAGGUGUUUCACACGAAAGUAUGUUGUCAUUCGAUAACGAAACUAAUAAAGAACUCGAGCUUGUUGUGUAUGAAAUUUGUGAUCCGGAUUUAUGGUACACCGCUCACGUGCAGCUGUUUGAAAAAUUAACAACUCCUGAAGGAAAUACAUUAUGGAAUGAUCUAAUGAAACAUGCUACACCCAGUGUAAGUUCGCUGCGUCCCGAAUGGUCAGAUGAUAAUUUAAACAUACAGUAUAAACCAAUGGAAUGGUUAGCUAGAGAGGAUUGUGCUCUUCCUUUACAAAGCCUUUGUUUGAUUACACCAUCCAAAUUUGAUAGCAGUAACUUUCGUGAAGGUAACAGAGAUAAUGUGUUGCAUCGUAAAGUAGCAGUUAGGAUGACAAGAGCGCUCGUAGGCAAUACAGUUAACAAUUUUAAAAUUAUCAGUCGAGGACCUAAUCGUUUUCUUAAAUUACCUCACACGAAGCCUCUUCAGACGCAAAUCGACAUUGAAGUGAAGGCUGAUGAUAAUUCACUCGUAUUAGUUGGGAAGAAUGGACGCUUAACGACAGUUGUAACGGACUCAAGUCGACAAACACGGUCUGUGUUCUCGAUACAAGCUACUAACAUGGGACUCGCUUCAGCACGCUUUCGAGUUUUAAUUCGUGAAUGCACACCAAAGCUAUCAAAUGUGAUUCUUAAAAAGAGAGAAAGUGAAUAUAUUACGGCGGGAUAUGUACUCUUUCCUCCGAGACUUACACAAAGUUUUCGCCUCGACCUUCCUGUAACUAUUCCAGUUGAAAACGCUCACUGUGUCGUGGCAUUGCUCAAUGAGAAUGAGGAAGCAGUGGCAGUUCGAGAUGUAAGAAUUAAAAGAGAUGAUCGCUGUUUUUGUGUCUGGUAUUGUGACUGCGUUUGUUUAAGUGAAGAUCCUAAACUAUUAUGCCGGCGGUUGUCUGAGCCUCAGCUUAUUGCAGCAGGGCUUCCAAUACAGGAGAAAUCGCGGCAUAUUCGUUCAGUGUGUUAUCCAGACGUGGUUACACUUAAUCUGUUUGUAACGAUCAUAGGUGUCAUACUAGCACUGUUGCUUUUAGGUCUACUAAAAGCGAUUCUUGGUCUCGUAUUGAGCUGUGUGGGGUCCUGGGGCCUUCAGCUAAUGAUGCAAACUCCACGAAAGCUUGACCAUUAUUAUGAGAGUUCUCUGAGAUCUCGACAAGUGGUGUACGAUAGGGAGGGUUGGCCUAUCCACCCUGACACGAAACAGCGAAAUGUUCGCCUCAUAAGCAAACAAAUGGAGUUCAUGCUUAACUUAAUAUUCUUUGUCACUCUACCAUGUAUAUUAAUUUGUGAUGCCCUCAAAAAAAUGGUAUUGUAUUGUAAUGCUACUGAGAAAAAACAGGAUGGACGAUAUAGAAAAAAUGAAGAAAAAAAAUGUUUUAGUUCACGUGACGCGCAGAGUAUCACGCCUCGUAAUCGUCAACGCCAUGGGGGUCUGCACAAAUGGAUGUCACCGCAAGCCGAGGAACUUUCUACUGGCAUUUGGAAUAAAGGUCUUAUUCCUCAGGACAAGAGUUUUUCUGACUUUUUCCAACCACUUCUUUACAAGGAAAAAUGCUGUAAUGAGGUUACUAAUCAAUCUUUGUGUAUGGAUUCUGAACAAGACGACACUGAAUAUAUCAUAAUGCAAAUUCAAAAAAGUAAGGAAUCUAUUGCGAGAAGCCAAAGAAUAAUGGAGAUAAACCCAAACGCGAAAAAUGCAGCUUCAAAAGAAUAAUGAAUAAUAAAAUAUGUUGGUUGUUUUCAAGAUAAAAAAUGUUCGUAGUAAAUAAUGUGAUUUAUCCAUUAAAAUGUUUUAUUAAAGUAAUGAGUGCUUUGUGA